AUGGACGGCACAGAAGAUGAGGAGACUGCCACAGAGCGGACCGGUGGGAAGCAGAAUGGAUCAAGCAAAGAUGCGCUGGACACAGAAGUCGCCUCCAAAGACACCACUGUUGGCUCCGUCUACUCGGGCGCGAAGAUCAGACACAUCAAGAAGGAGGACGGCACACCAUUAUGGCGGAAAGAGAUCCAGUAUGAGUUUCUGCGGCUGGUCGUUGAAGACAAGACUCCUGCUUUCACACGCUUCAGCGACAAGAAGCCGGGAUGCAACUUCGCCGACAUCUACAUCGAUUGUCUCGUCCACAGCACAAAGACAAGCAAAGUUCUGAAGGACCGACUGCUGAAAGAUCGUGAGGCUGGUGAGAAUAUGGCUAUGAUCUGCCUCUUGGUCAAUGUGGGCCGGAUGAACACCACACUGAAUUUCUUCCCGGAGAUGCGUGCUCAAUUACGAACCUACCACUCAAUACCAUCUCUCCAGGCGUAUGCAUCACAGAAAGACUACAAAUCGUUGCAAGAUGCCCCUCGCCUCAAGAGCAUCCUCAAAGGCGCCAGCGAGGACGACAACGGUCAGCCCAAGGCCAUGCAAGCCCUUGAGGAAGACCCACCACCAGCACGGACUAAUGCAGUCAACUGUAUUUUCAUACUGUCUAACUUCGCCACCAGAAUCAGCGAUGCUCACCUUGCCGACAAAGUUGACUGGUUCGAUCUGGCUAUGCGACCUACCAUAUCUUCUAAAAGCCGAGCUCGGGCAUUCUUGUGGAUCAUGUGGUGGUAUCUUGAGGCAGAGCAUACUGCGAAAUCAGCUCUAGAGAAUCCUUUUGGUCCGGGCCAGUAUCACCCUUCAGACGAUCCGAGUCUUCCGGGCGCGUUUCCCUGCAUCACACCACCUCUGGAGUUCAUCACCGAAGAAGAAGGCGACAAAGAGAAUGAAGACCCACCCAUCGAGAAAGAGUUCGCCGAGACUAUGACCAAAAAACGAAAAGAGAUCAUGGACAGUGUUGCCAACGAGCCUACUUUGACCAUGGCAGAUCCAAACAACCCUGUCCCGGAGAACAAAUCAGUCAAGAGGCUCAGAACCAAGAAGAGCUUGCCGGCCUCCGUCGAUGAAGACAGCACUAUCAUGUCGGACGUCGACUCAAGAGCGAGUCCCGGACUAGGUCGAAGUCCAGCUCCGCCCGAGCUCCUAGCAGGGAGUGCCUUUCAGGCUGACAGUCUGGAUGACGACUUUGAGCAGCACGAGCCACAUCCAGGAAAGGGCCGCUACAAGCGAGUUCGCGGGAAGAACACACCAUCGCGUGCAAAACCUGCCACGGCUGUGCAAAAUCCCAGCAGAAGACGUGCCGGUACACCAGACACGAGAUCGACACCACAGCCACCCCCUGGCGGUCAUGUCAUCAUGAGCCAAUAUGGGGUACCCCGGACAGAGCCCCUUGGCAUUCCAUCCAAACCUAGAGCACGUACUGGCUAUCAACGAGAGCUAGAGGAUCACAAACAGAAACGCGUUGAAUGGGCGUUGCGUAGAAGACGAAAGAAUAUGCUCGCCAGCCCUAUUUUCAACCAGGACACUAGACUGAUUCUGCGUACCGCCAGACGAGUCCAAAACCUCGAGCCGACCUACGACUCGGAGGAGGAAGUCGAUCGUGCCACAAAAACACCAGCUAUAGGCGGGCUGACUCACCGAACCCCGGGCGGACUCGACAGGCCUUUUCGCGCGCCUCCUGGCUUCGAUAUCAAUAAGUACGAUGCUGAGGACUGGGGCGGAGAAGCUGAAAGCUGGCUGAAAGCAACUACGAGAAUGCGGCGAAGACUAGAUGUUUGGGAUGGUGAUCGAGAUGUCCGCAUUCGUCGGGACAUUCUCAAUCACAAUGUUACGGCAAAGCAUAUGCCUUACAAAGUGCCGGGUUCGGCCGCUGCGCCGGCUCAACGUGCAAAUCCACGAUCGAAGCAGGAGAUGGACGCACAAAUCGAGGAGGACCUGCUUGCAGAGAGGAGCGAUAAUGAUGAGGACAUGGCGGAUGAGAAUACCCCGAUGAUGGAUGAGGAUGCCGACGGGCUGGAUGGUGAUCUUGAGGACAGCGAUGUUCCCAUGGAUUGA